AUGGCUCAAAUCAAGGCCAAGCUCGGACAGAGAAACGAUGCUGCUAAGGGGAAUAAGACGUUCACUGCUCCUUACAUACAUAACUCCUCGUUCGAACCGCUCUUGGAUCUCGGUACAUUGCCCAACUAUACCGAGUCGAGUGCGAUCAACCGAGUGGUGCUGAGGAAUUUCUUACUGGAUCCGAUCAAGGCACACGAUUGCGUCCGCUUCGAGAGGAGCUUCUCACAUUAUGAGAUCUAUACCGAAGCCACCGACAGGGAGAAAGUGCUGGUGCAUUUCACAGACGGCUCCUCGGACCGCUGUGACAUCCUCGUUGCUGCCCACGGGAGUGGCUCCCGAAUCAACCAGCAAGUAGGCCUGAACAAUCUGGUGGCCAUUGACGCACAUGCCACCUAUGUCGCAAGAGGUACUCUAUCGCACGAGAAGCUGACGCAACUGCCGGAGGUGCUUCAUAGCCACCCUCUGAUGGUGUUCGACAGAGGCGCAAGCCUUUACUAUGCCUGUAUGCCAUUCUGCUGCCUCUCUCGGCGAUUACGAGUUACUCACUGCGUCGGGUUCUAG